AGCGAGACCGGGCGCCGGCCGGCGGCCGCUGCCUCUGACAGACCCACCGGUCGAGGCUCCGCGCCCAUCAGCAGCACGCGGCCGCCAUGGCGGCGCGGAGGAGCCUCCCGCGGGAGCGGGAGCGGCAACGACCUGGCGACCCCGCCGCAGGAAAUCACCAAGUUCACUCCUGGACACUCGUCACCAGCCAAGCCUUAGAUACCGCGUGGAGAGUAGCAAAGGGGUCAGUGACGUUGGCAGUUUCAUUUCUGGUGGGCACCCUCUGCUACUUUAGAAGCCUACAUUUAUAUUUAGGGCACCGGCUGAAAAGGUGGAUUGGAUAUCUGCAGAGGAGAUUCAAAAGGAACCUCAGCGUGGAGGCAGAAGUUGAUUUACUCAGUUAUUGUGCAAGAGAAUGGAAAGGGGAGACACCCCAUGCCAAGCUGAUGAGGAAGGCUUACAAGGAGCUGUUUUGGCAGCGGCACAUUAAAUGUGUUCGACAAGUAAGGAGAGACAACUACGACGCACUAAGGUCGGUGCUCUUCCAAGUCUUCAGCCAGGGCCUCUCUUUCCCAUCCUGGAUGAAAGAGAAAGAUAUUGCGAAGCUUCCUGAAAAACUGCUCUUUUCACAAGGUUGUAAUUGGAUCCAGCAAUACAGUUUUGGUCCUGAGAAGUAUACAGGUUCGAAUGUGUUUGGAAAAUUACGUAAAUGUGUGGAAUUAUUGAAAACACAGUGGACUGAAUUUAGUGGAAUUAAAGAUUAUCACAAGAGAGGAAGCAUGUGCAACAUCCUUUUUUCUGAUGCUAUCCUGGAAUAUAAACUUUACGAAGCUCUGAAGUUCAUCAUGCUCUAUCAAGUCACUGAGGCUUAUGAACAAAUGAAGACCAAAAAUGUCAUUCCCAGUCUUUUUCGACUCCUGUUUACCCGGGAAACCUCUUCCGACCCUUUGAGCUUCAUGAUGAAUCACCUGAAUUCUGUAGGUGACACGUGUGGACUAGAGCAGAUUGAUAUGUUUGUACUUGGAUACUCCCUGGAAGUAAAGAUAAAAGUGUUCAGACUGUUCAGGUUUAACUCCAGAGACUUUGAAGUCUGCUACCCAGAGGAGUCGCUCAGGGAGUGGCCGGAGGUCUCCCUGCUGACCGAGAAUGACCGCCACUAUCACAUUCCUGUCUUUUAAGUCUGCCUGGACCGGGCACCAGCUCUCACCGGUGACAGUGGUCACACUUGCAAGUAAUGUUUCUAGAAAAGCAAAGCUAGUAUUGCUGCCAUUGGAGGAAUCGGGACCUCCCUUUCCAGGAUUACAGGUACACUGGACGGAGACCCACGUGCCUUCCCUUUGUUUCCAGUGAUUCCCUCCAGAGCCCCUGCACUAAUGUAUUUGUGGGUUGGUGGUUUGACCUUGUCUGUAAAGGCUCUGGUCAUUUCACCCACAACAGAGCACAAGGACGUUUAGUUUGGGAAGAACAACAACAGGAAGAGAGCGAGAAGAAAACAAGUAGGGGAAAAGGACUAAAGGGAAAGAAUUUCUUUGUCUAUCAUCAUCUUUAUGUUCUUUGUUCAGAAUCUUGUCUUUGACUGAUUUUGGAUCUUCAUAAACAUGGCCUUAUUUUAUAAGCAUUACCUUCCCAGGAAUCUCUAUGGUAUAUUAAUUUUCCAGAACCAUUCGAUUAACUUUAAAAUUGUGUGUGUGUGUGUGU